AUGGACUUUACUGCAGUCAUUGACAGUGCCAAAAGAUUUGCUGGAGGAAAAAGAGAUGAAAAUAAUUAUGAUGAUUUACUUGUUGAUCGACUUCACAAUCGAUAUACAGUUGCUAUAUUAGUAUGCUUUUGUAUUGCUAUUUCAUCAUAUCAAUAUAUGGGUGAUCCAUUAGAGUGUUGGGUUCCUGCUCAAUUUACUGGCGCUUAUGAAACUUUUACCAAUCGACUAUGUUAUAUACAAAAUACAUAUCACGUACCAAAACAUCAAUCAAUUCCACAAGAUUAUAAUUCACGACGCGAACGAACACUUAAAUAUUAUCAAUGGAUUAAUUUUGUUCUUUUGUUGCAAGCUUUGUUUUUUAGUUUACCACGUAUUAUCUGGCGAUCAUUUAAUGAUAAAAUUGGUUUACCACUUGAAAACCUUGUUGAUGCAGCAAAUAAAUAUGAAUCAUUUGACAGUGAUAACGAUCGUAACAAAGUUGUGCGAUAUAUAUCUUACUGUCUACAACGCUAUCAAGAAUAUGUCGAUCCUCUAAAACAUGAAAAUGGAUCUGGCAUUCAACGUGUGACUCAUCAGUGCCGUUUAUUUUGUCAAGCUCGCACAGGCUCAUCACUUGUUUGCUAUUACUUUUUUAUUAAAUUUCUUUAUUUAGUUAAUUUAAUCUUACAAAUACUGUUUCUACAAUAUUUUCUUAGUUAUUAUGAUGCAAACUUUUUACAAUAUGGUUUUAAUAUAAUAGGAGCAUUAUUUUCUGGUUUUUCAUUACCAGAGAGUAAAUUAUUUCCACGUAUAACAUUAUGUGAUUUUCAUAUACGUGAAUUAGGUGAACGUCAUUAUUAUACAGUUGAAUGUAUACUUGUUAUAAAUAUAUUUAUUGAAAAAAUGUAUUUUAUUCUUUGGUUAUGGUUUUGGAUAUUAUUAAUAAUAACAAUAAUUGAUAUCAUACGCUUAAUUUAUGUAAUAUUUAUGCGACAUUCACGUAAUGUUUUUAUUACUCGACAUUUAGAUUUAAUUAUUAAAAAUCGCAUAUCAGAUGAACAAAAAUUUCGACAUUUUCUUCGAUAUUUUCCUGCUGAUAAUGUAUUCGCUUUAUUGAUUAUAGGAGCUAAUGCGAAUACACUUAUUGUUGCUGAAGUACUUGAUGAUUUAUGGUAUCGAAAACUUCAUGAAGAAUCUGAUGUAUAA